AUGGAUGCCAAAGAAGAAAACAGAACUCAGAUAGCUGAAACCAAUAAGCCUCUUAGUUAUGACCUUACUUUAACCAGUGCCGAUAAGCCCAAUAAUUUUGAUCUUACUUCUAUCGAGUCAGAACCCCAAAUACACCGCCUACCAGGCGAUCUUAAGCCCAAUUCUUACGAUCUCCAACUAGUUCUUAACCCGACUACUAAUACUUUUUAUGGUCUUAUCUCUAUCACUGCCAACGUUCUUUCUUCUACUUCAAAAAUAGUCUUACAUGCCGAAUCAAUGGAUAUUGAUGAUUUUGUUGUUUAUUCUUUAGCUAGUAAUGCUCAAACUGAGUUAUCUGGGUCGUAUAAGCACCACAGUCCAAUUUUAACCUUUAAUUUAGACAAACCAAUUUCUACUGAUACAGUCCUUCUUUUCCAAAUCAAGUACCAUGCUAAAGUAUCUUCAGCUAUGGCCGGAUUCUACCGUAGUGAGUUUAAAACAGCUAAAGGUACUGAGUUCAUCUACUCCACUCAAUUUGAAGCUACUUCAGCCCGUCGGGCUUUGCCUUGUUUUGAUGAACCCAUUUACAAAGCUGUUUUUAAUGUUUCUAUCAUUGCUCCUGCUAACUUAACCAUUCUUUCUAAUGCUGAUACUGAUAUUAGCAACUCAGAAGAAGUUAUUACUAUUGAUGAUUCUUUAGUCGAUCAAGUAGAUAGUACUAAACCCUAUCAAAAAGCCGUUUUUAAACCUACUCCUUUAAUGUCAACUUACUUACUAGCCUGGGUGAUUGGUGACUUAGAAUUUGUUGGGGCUGAGAAUAUUCGGGUCUUCUCUCCUAAGGGCCAGAAAGAGUAUGGUGAGUUUUCUUUACAAGUAGCCGUUCAUUGUUUGAACUUCUUUAAUGAUUAUUUUGGAAUUGAUUAUCAAAUGAAAAAGUUAGAUAUGGUGGCUAUUCCUGAUUUUGCUGCCGGUGCUAUGGAGAAUUGGGGUCUAGUUACUUACCGGUCCUCAUCCCUGCACUUUAUCAAGGAAAGUACAACGGCCAGACAAAAGUUACAAGUAGCUGAAACUGUCUGUCAUGAACUGGCCCAUCAAUGGUUUGGGAACUUAGUAACCAUGGCCUGGUGGAACGAUCUUUGGUUGAAUGAAGGAUUUGCAACUUGGGCUGGUACUUUAGCCACAGCUACUUUAGCUGAACAAAACUUGAUUCAACUUGAUCAUAAUCCCUGGGAAGUCUUCUUGGAAAGUGAUUUAAGUGGCGGGUUGUUCAUGGAUGGUAAAUUAUCUACUCAUCCUAUUGAUGUUGAAGUUGAAACUGAAGGUCAGAUCUCUUCUAUUUUUGAUGCGAUUUCCUACUCUAAAGGUGCCUCCCUUAUUCAUAUGUUAGCUAAUUAUGUGGGUUUAGAUGAUUUCCAAAAAGGUCUACAACAUUACAUUGCUACGCAUAAGUACCGUAAUACAACCACUAAAGAUCUCUGGGAAGCAAUUGAAACAAAAACUAACCAUCAAGUAGCUACUACUAUGAAGAACUGGAUAUCUACUCCAGGAAUGCCCCAUAUUAGAGUUACUCUUGAUAAGGAUAUGAUUGUUUUGACUCAAAGUAGGUACUUACCACAUAGUACGACUAGUGAGGAGCAUAAAGAGUUAUGGAAUAUCUUCUUAACUAAGAAGACCUUUAGUAGAGAUAGAAAGUCUCCACCUGUAGUUGAAAGAGUUAUGUUUAAUACUAAGACUUUAAGUAUUCCUACUAGUGAAUUCCCACUUAUCCUUAAUGCUGAUGCUUUUGGGUUUUAUCGAGUGCAUUACAGUGAAGAAGUCUUACAGAAGUACAUAGUACCUCUUUUACGAGAGGAAGGACUACUCUCACCUUUUGAUCGAUUUGGGAUUUUCCGGGAUAUUGCUGCUUUAGUGGCUGAUGGCCAUGAGAGUGCUACUUAUGCCUUGAAUGUUAUGUCUUGUAUUUCGACGCAAGAAAGGUAUAUUGCUCUUUAUCCCAUGGUUAGUCUUCUGCUUAAGAUAGUGGAUACUUAUCAGGACCAGCCGGAAAUCAAAUUAGCCGCUGAAACUGAACUAGCUACUUUAUUACGGCCUUAUGUGGCUAAGAUAAGUGACUUUACUGUGGUAAGUGAUGAUAUUGAGCAGCAGAAACUGGAAGUCCUAGCUGUUUCCGUCCUUGGGCGGUUGGAGAACUCUUCUAUCUCACACCAGGCCUUACAAGAACUAUCUCAAGCUAGGAUUAAGAGUGUGCAUAAGGAGUACAAACGAGGAAUGUACAUUUCUUUAGCUAAGUAUCAGGGUCAAGCCGGGUACGAGUACUUACUUGAUGUACUUAAGAACGAUCCAAUGGAAAGUGAGCGAUUACGGGCCUUAGUAGGUAUAUCUUUUUCACAGAGUCAUUUUAAGGACGUGUUUAAGCUAUUUGUGGAGGAGACUCCCUUGGUAAAGGGUCAGGAUAAGUUACGGAUGGUUUAUGGUUUGUCGGCUUAUAAGGACAGGGAAGAGAUGCUUAAGACGUUCUUGCAUGGUUUUGCGACGAUUUGUAAGAACUUUGAGGGUAAUUUGGAUAUGGUAUCUCGAUUUGUGGAUGGAUUUAUUGCCCCGCAGUAUACUCCAGAAGCUAUUGAGAUGGCCAGGAGUUUCUUUGCUGAUAAGAAAAACCAAAAUGAUGCCUGGAAAUCAGCUGUGGAUCGGGGAUUGGAAGAGGCAGAAAUCUUGAUGAAGUUCAGGAAUAGUAAUCUGGAGGCACUGCUUAACUGGGCCCAACAAGCCAAGACUUCUAAGCCAGAGGAUGUUCUUCCCAAACAAUAA